AUGAAGAAACCAUUGAGCAAUGUGCUGAGAUCCAUGCUCCGAGUUUUGCUGGUCGUGGUGAUUAUCACCUUCCUUGCAUUCGACGGGAUGCUUCCACUUGACGACGGAAGUAUCUUGCAGUCUGUAUUGCUCGGAGGUUUUGUCAAGGAAAAUCGAGAACUGGGAUCUUCGUUGCUUCGAGAAGGCGACGGUAUCGAAGCCAACAACAGUUUUUGUGUCCCGUGGACACAGAAUUCCGACAAUUGGUGGACUCACAAUGUUCAAUGGGAGAUGGACGUGGAAAGAGACAAUGAAACUCAUUAUUGCUUCAAGAGGAUUCGAAACGAAGAAAAGUUGAGAGCUCUCAAUGAGCUGUAUCAAGUUCAGUUUCUUCACGGGGACUGUAGCCAGACAGUGACCAAGAAGAUGUGGAGUUCCGGUUGGAACGCCGACAUGUUGAACAUUAUGGAUGGUUUGAAGCAUGCCGUCUUGCACCACAAGCCCUUUCAGAUUUCCAAUCAGCCAUGGCAUUACGCCAAUCCCAGGCUAGCCAAACCAGCGAUACAGGCAUACAAAGAUAUUGAGCCAGUUUGUCCGGAGGGUACCAUGUUUUGCUACUUUCUCCCUCUAUCCAACUGUUCUGCCGCCCCCGUGGUCAGCCCGAGAGACAUGUUGGAAGAGCAGUUUGUCGGAUCCCCCCGGUACCAGUGGUACUACGAGUAUGUCACUCGCCGUCAAACUUGGCUUCGCAAGGCCGUCUACGACUUUUCCAAGAAACAACAAACCAUGACAACACCGUGCACGGUCAUUCACAUUCGGCGUGGGGACGUGGUGCUACAUCCUGGCGAGUACAAGCGGCGAUAUCAUCCCGUCCGUGACUAUCUGAGACCCCAGUUCCAGGUACAACACAACAUUUUCCUCCUGACGGAUGACGCCAAUGCGAUUGCCGAGGCCAAGACGGAGUUUCCAAACUACAACUGGAUGUACGUUGACCGUCCCCGGUUCCAGGCGGCCGAAGGAGGCUUUGAGAACCAAAUGCCAUCGAAAGAUCCCAUCCAUGAAGUGGUGGUGAUUUUGACUGUGUUUCAAAUGGCUCGCAAGUGCCAAAGUUUGGUGCAUUCGCACAGUACCUUUGCGUCGCAAGUCUUGGCCGAAAUGGAAGCCAGUGCUGGGGCACCCAUUCGUCGGAUACAAAUUGACAUUGGUCCCGAUGUCUUUUCGGGUGUGCAUGGAAACACGCUGCAUAUUUCCAAGGACUACAACAACAGUACUUCGAAUGAAGGAAGCUCACCGUUCAGCAAGAAGUAUCGUACUCCAAAGGAACAAGAUAACUCACAGUUCAGCAGCACGAAUAGUGCUACAAAACGUGAAAGAAACUACCAACUCAGCAAGAAUAUUGCUGCAAAGGAAGGAAGGUCGCUGCCUCAGUCGUUCGAGCCAAUAAUCAACAAGAUCUACAACAAGUACAACAACAAAAAGCUUGGUCGAAAUGACAUUCCGGGAACUCGCCACAUCCUUAACAUUUAG